UUUGUUUCUUGAAAUGGCAAUUAGGCACAACAAAACUACUCAGGAAACUCAAUACUAAGAUGCAACAAUGAUGACAAAAAGGGACCUUCACCAUCAUUCCUCUACACAUGCAAUAACAAUGGCAUCAAGAAAUCAUCAUCAUGCAUGGCAUUCUUAAUCUUCAAAUCUCAACCUCCUUACAACACCAUCACCACAAUCUCCAACCUCACUUCUUCAAACCCAAUAGACCUUGCAAGAAUCAAUGAUGUCACUACUUCACACACAAUGUUCCAAAUUGGUAAAGAGGUUAUUGUCCCUUUGAAAUGCUCUUGUUCUUCAAUGAAGGACACCAAGUAUUACUAUUACCAAUCCAAAACCAAACAUGUCUUGGGUGCAAUUUUGCCAGAAACAACAUAUUUCAAUGUUGCAAAUGAAACUUUCCAAGGCUUAACCACUUGUGAUUCCCUAAAGAGGUUCAAUCCUUAUCCGGAGCGCGAUUUGCGCCCCGGCAUGGAGUUGAAUGUUCCAUUAAGGUGUGCUUGUCCAACAUGGAAUCAAGAAAGAAAUGGCACCAAGUAUUUGAUGACUUAUUCUGUGAAUUGGGGUGACACCAUUUCUAGCAUUGCAUCAAGAUUCAAUGCAACAAUACAUAAUCUUCUUGAAGCCAAUGUGUUUUUGAUAGGAAAGAUAUCAAAAAGAUUCAUCAAGGCAGGCAAAAUCCAUAAGAGAAAUGGCGUGAUUUCAGAAGAUAUCCGCGUCGAAAUAGCGAGCAUUGAUGUGAACUAUUCCAAAUUGUACAAGUUUGAGGAAAUCAAGGAUGCUACCGAAAAUUUCAGUUCAAGGAACAGAAUCAAAGGUUCUGUAUUUCACGGCGAAUUCGGUAACAAAAGGGAAAGUUUUGCUGUCAAAAGAAGAAUAAGUAAAGGGUAUGCUUCAAAGGAAAUAAAUUUGCGUAGAAGAAUCAACCAUUUCAACUUGAUCAAGCUUCAAGGAUAUUGUGAAAAUGAAGAUUUGUUCUAUCUUGUGUUUGAAUUCAUGGAAAAUGGUUCCUUAAGAGAAUGGCUUAGUAGUGAAGAAAACUCAUUUUUGCAUAAAAGUUGGUCAAAGAGGAUUCAAAUUGCUUUGGAUAUUGCAAAUGGACUUCAAUAUCUUCACAACUUCACAUAUCCUUGUUAUGUUCACCAUGGUAUUAACACUGGAAACAUUCUUCUAAACAAAGAUCUAAGGGCAAAGAUAGCAAAUUUUUCUCUAGCAGAAGAAUUAUUAGAAAAGAGCAUGAUAACAAGUUCAAGUUCUUCUCGCACUUCAGAUGAUGUUUAUGCCUUUGGAGUGGUACUUUUGGAAUUGAUCACUGGCAAAGAAUGUGUUACACUACAUGGUUUAUCAAGAGAAGGAAUAAUAAUGGUUUCUAGGAUCAUGAUGAAUAAUCUCAUUGGUAAGGAGCAUGAAGAAGAAGAGAAGUUGAGUUUGUUCUUUGAUCCAAGGCUCAUUGGAAACAUUGAGAGAAAAAGUGCUUUGAUGCUAGUUAAGCUAAGUUUAGGUUGCUUGAAUCAAGAAUCAGAAAGUAGACCAAACAUGUCAGAGGUGGUCUCUACCUUGUGGAAAACACUUUCUGAGUCCCAUAAUAAUUGUUGGAGUGAGAAAAUUGUCAUGUUGAAAUGUUAA